GGAAAGGCUCCAAAUGCUCUAAAAAGUUGAGUUGAUAAAGACGUAAAAUUGAUGUUAUGUGAUUGAAGUGAAGAAGAAGAAGUCGUGCACUUGGCAAUUUCUUAUUUUAUAUUAUAUUCCUUUUUUGUAUGUGAGGCAUUAUCGAGAACAUCCGGUGGUGCCAUUUCCGGUUGAAACCAUGAACCACUCACUGCCACUCCACCUACUACUACUAUACUCACUACUCUUCACAAUUUCCUCCGCCUCGAUUCCUUCCGUUUCCCAAGAAAUUGAAGCUCCGCUGUCCAGCAGCAACGAAAAUCUCUUCCCUAUCCGUAGAGAGGUUUACGGCGAUGGCCGAAUCUUCGAUAUCACUCACCGAUACUCCCCAGAGACCCCCUGUUGGGACUUCCAGGAAAAUGGGCUCGGCCAGUUUGUGUGGUUGACGAGGACCAUGAAGAACGGCUCCGAAGCCAAUUUCUCCCAGGUUAAGCUUCCCAAUCAUGCCGGCACGCACGUUGACGCUCCUGGUCACAUGUUCGAUCAUUACUUCGACGCUGGAUUCGAUGUCGAUACGCUCGAUUUGGGAGUGCUCAAUGGUCCUGCACUGUUGGUGGAUGUACCAAGGGACGCAAAUAUAACAGCUGAAGUUAUGAAGUCCUUAAAUAUCCCCAAAGGAAUAAUACGCGUGUUGUUCAGAACACUAAAUACUGACAGGAAGCUCAUGUAUAAAAAGAAAUAUGACACAAGCUAUACUGGAUUCAUGAAGGAUGGAGCUAAAUGGUUGGUGGAGAAUACUGACAUCAAACUUGUUGGACUUGAUUACCUAUCAGUUGCAGCUGAUGAUGACCUGAUCCCAGCUCACCUUGAGCUUCUGGAAAGCAGAGAAAUCAUUCUGGUGGAAGGCCUAAAACUGGACGACGUUGAGACUGGAUUAUAUACGGUUCAUUGCUUACCUUUGAGGUUGUUAGGAGCAGAGGGAUCACCAAUACGAUGCAUUCUAAUCAAAUGAAAAUUAUCUCAAUCUUAAGUUUGAAUUAAGGCAUCAUGGGAAUCCUUCAGCUUUCAAAUCAUGGAGAAACUCCAAAACAGGUGAAUGUGAUGCAUGUACAUAGGAGUAUUAAAAACGUCGAAUAAAAGAUGGUUGGGUUGUGUUGAUUAAAUUCGUGUUGGAUUUACCAUCAACUCGAAAUUUCGAUUCGGAUCUCGGGUGCAACUAUUUAGUAGUUAGUUCCAAAAUGAUGUAUAUAUGUAUAGUUUUAAGGAUCUUCUUUGUUGUUCUGCAUAUGUGGACAGCCUAUAUUGUUUAAUGUAGUAAAAGACUUAUAUAUAUAUCUAUACAUACACCUUUGAGAAUUGUAAAAA